UUCUGGGCUGGCCUUUUUCUCUCCCAGGUGCGCUUCCCUGCUUGAUCUGUGUUUCUGCUCUUUCUCCUUCAUUCCGCAGUCUCCUUUGCCCUGUGACCUGCCAGGUACUGGAAGGUCCCUAGAGAGGAUACCGGGACGCUCCUGAAGCCGCGAGAUGAGCCACCAUCACUCAUGUUCUUGAAUGGGAACUGCCUGGAAAGCCUGAAGAAGGAGGAGCCUGAAGGAGGAAGGAGGAGGCUGAGCCAUCCCGGGAACAUGGGCUGGAUGAGGCCAAGCCAGGAGAUGACACCACUGAAUAGAAGUCACUAUUCAGGAUUUGGGCUUUUCUGUGGAGAUCCUGGCCCCGAGAUCGAACCCUUCUCCCUGCAGGUGUCCCCGCAGGAGAUGGUGCUGGAGAUCCACCGGGUGUUCAUGGACCAUGAAUACCCAUGUCCCCGCCUCACUUCUCACUGCACCCGGGUGGCAGCACGCUGGACCACCUCUCAGAGCUGCGCAGCAUGGCAGGGCCGCAGGCGGGCUUGGUGCUCCAUGUGGUGGAAGAGCCCUGCACAGUGCAUGAGGCCUGCGGUGACGAGUGCCACAUCUGAGACCGCUCAGGAGCCUGGACCCAGGUGAUGCAGCUCCUUGUCCUUCCUGAGCGUCUUCACUGACAGUGGCCUGGGAGGCAGCAGGAGCAGAAAGGCUUGGAGAUGGACCCCACCGACUGCACACCACCCAAGCACAUCCUGCUCGGAAACCUGGAACAGCCACUGUGUCCCCUGCAGCCCCAGAACGGUGACUAAAAGGUGGGACUCCAGGGAGGAGCAAGGAAGAGGGUCCCCGGGCGGGUGGAGGGCCACACACCAGGAGGCCUGGCCCAUUCAUGCUUGGCCAUUCCUGUAGCCCCUGAAAGUGCUCGCCUUGAGCGGCUGGCACCUGUCCCCUGGGAACUGCAAGAGACUCCAGGUCUCCCUCUAGGGAGCUGUGAGCCAGCUCUGGCGAGAGCAGCCCUGGGAGCGGCGCCCAUGUGCUUCUGACUCGCCUUUCAGGGCAGCAUCUCAGGGCCAGGAAAACCCGGAGCAGGUGAGGGCCUUGAUGAAGAAGGAGCCUGUGGCAGGGUCCUGAGAUUGGUGGGCGGCCCCAUCUGCCUUUCCCCUGCCUGCCAUGGGGUCCAGUGCCACCCAUUCGAGAGAGGCCACCUCAUUCCAGGUGUGCAGCUGGAUGGCCCCUGUGACGGAACACACUGUGGACUGCACGUGUGGAGAGGCGCCUGUACCUCGGGGCUGGGCUGUGAGGAGCACAUUCCUGCACAGGGGCCUGUGACCUGGCCCGGUCCUCACUGGGAACCCCCUUCCUUCCUGGGUGCCAGGUGGGGUUCUCUGCGCUUCCCUGAGGCUCCCCGUGGGUCUGUUCAUUGGGGACUCUGGGGCUGUCUGUGGGGAGAGAGGAGAAGGGACUUCCCAGGGCAGGUUGCAGUGCACAGGCUGAGCCCAUGUCUCCGUCCCUGGUCCCUCUGCAGCCCCAGUACUGGAACGAGGAGCUGCAGAUGAUGAGGGACCUGCCCUACAGGAACCAACCUGAGCAGCUGCUUCAAGAAAAAGCCAUGUUCAAGGUUCCGAAGCCCCUGGUGAGUGAGUGACAGCCUCACAGCCUCAGGCCCACCUGUCUCCUGCUGGAAUGUUUCUUGUGUACGGCAGGGACGUGAGGGAAACUGGCCUCCCCCAUCUUGGUGAGCUGGGCCAGGUGGAUGUAGCCUGAGGCUUUUGUGGGCGUGGCCUCUCGCCCUCCCAGCCUUGGUCCCUCCCAGGUACACAGCAACUUCAGAGUGGCAGCCACAUGGGGCGUCGGUCAGGGAGGCAUCGUCAUGGCCAUCAGCCCCAGUGAGGAGACCCCGCUGCAGAUGUUCACGUGGAGCCGUGUCAUCUUCAGCCUGGGCUUUGUUGUUAGUGGCCACUACAAGGACUUUGCUGGGGACGUGGCGGCCUCCAUAGCAUUCACCAAUGACCUGAACGGUUAGCACUGGCACAAUGCAGUGGACAUGGAGGGUCUGUACACGCUGGACACGGCAGAGGUGGAUGACCGCGGCUACUGGGUCAGGUUCCAGUCCUCGUCCCUGGCAUCCUGGAAUGGGAUCAGGAGCAGAGUGUCAUCUGUGUCUCCAUUGACUUUGCAAGACAAUGGUGUGGCCCCUGUGUUGCCUGGAUCUGCUGGAGCACGAGUUGGCUGCUGAAGACCCUGCACCACUGCACGCUCAACCACUGCGACGCGGAGGCGGAGCUCUUCUCGGUUGAGGGCAUGGGCAUCACUGGCAACGACAGGUGCUGCUAUAUUCUCUACCUGCUGAGCCCACUGCCCCUGACCUCAGCUCCCUGCCUGUGCCCCACAAGGAGCUGCCAGAGGAAUGCUCCCAUGUCAGCUUCCCCUGCACCCAUAGGCAUAGGUUCUGUCGCCUGUGCCAGGAGCUGGUGGAUGCCUCAUGGAGCACAUUUGAGGAGCAGCCCUUUGAGGCUGGGGCUACAACCAGCUGCACCCUGCUGCAGGCAAUGGGCAGCCCGGGUUGUUCUAGGGCUGGGUCGUUGAAGGGAGAAGCUCUGGACAGUGAAGAAGAGCUCGUUCUGGCCACACUCACUAGAGCCCCUUUCCCAUCCCCCACCCACCUGCUAUCAGGCUCCCAGAUUCAGAAUCUGGAGCUUUGUGUUGGUUGUAAGCCAGUGAGCAGUGAAACCAGCGACCCAGGUGAGCUGUGCUGUUCUCCUAAGGAGGGUUUGGAAGUUGCUGGGUGGUUUGUGAAGGUCACAGUCCCUGAGUGUUAGUGCUGCUGGUUUUUAGUGCUUAGGAGUUGACCAUGUUAAAUUUCCCACACCACAAGUAACUCUUUUCCAGAAGCCAGUGGCAUUCCUGUCUCUGUUGACAGUCCUGGUCUGAAUGUGGACCCCUUCUCCUCCACCUCCAUACUCUGGCUGUCUUCCUGUUUGGGGAGAUCUGGCAGCCACCACCUUGUUGCUUGGGUUUGUGAGAGCAAAGCUGAGUUCCAGUUGGGCUUGCAGCAGAAGAAGGAAUCUGAUGCCAUCUAUAAGGCCCAGGUGGGCUGUGGCAGGGCUGGCGGGUUGAGAUGCACCUGUAGGUUGUGGGCAGCUAGUCCUUUCCUGCUUCUGCUCUCUCCCCUGUUUUUGGGUGAGAACCACGAGAAGCAAAGCUCCAAGAACCUCAAGUGCCCGGCCCAGCAGGCUGUGGCCCAGCAGCACACCGUGAAUGGGAUAUACCGGUGGGCUGCAGCGCCAGCAUCCUGCCUCUCCAGGUAUAUCCCUGGGUGGAGCUGGGCCCCUACUCGGCCUGGGUAGGAUGAGCCUCACUCACAGCUCAUCCCCCCACGGCCCCUCAGUUCACAGCCCCCAGCAUGGCCAGCGUCUUGGAGCAGCUCCAGGUCAUCAGUGUUGUCCUCUUCAUUCUUCUCAGCUGAGGCCCCUCCAUGGCUCCCUACUUAGAAGUUGGCCUUUAGUUUUUUAAGAUAUGUAAUAGGCUGACAUGGCUCAAAAUUGGAAAGUGUAGCCAGUGAUGAGAAGUUCUUUGUGAAUCCUUCCAGAAAUACUCCAUGUGAUCUUUUUCCCCCUCUUUUUUUUCUUUGGAAUUGUGGCAUGCCACGGAUGAAGGUUAUUAUUGUUUACUUCAUUUAACAAUAUAUCUUGGUGAUCUUGCAUUUCAGUUCCUAAGGAGUGGCUUUAUUCCUUCCCCGGCUGCCUCUGGUUCCAGUGCAAAGUGUGCCUUAGGAGCAGGCCCUAAGGACUCCUGCUGUGCUGUCACAAGCAGUGCUGCCUUCAGGAGCCCCUAACCUCCUGCCUUUUCUCCCCUCAGUGUGGGAAAGGGGUUUGGUCAGCCAGGGGUGUCAGCAACCCUGUCCCAUGCCCAUUGUCUACACCUAAUCUGGUGGCAGGGAGGCCACAGAGUACAGCGACUGGAACUGGGUGUGAGGGUGAGAGGCAGCCGGGCCCCAGGCAGAAUCAAGUGCAUGGAAUCCUGACUGUCAGCAAUCAGGGAUCUUUCUGCUUUUAGGAGGGAAGUACUUGUUCCACGCGUCUCACUGAAUAUGGCACGGAGCUUGAUCUGUUCCAAGUGGGAGUUUAACCAGCCUAGAGGGGGCCCGGUGUCCUGGCCCAGUCUGACACCUACCUCCUCUCCCACCUUCUACUCCCCCAGAAGACUAGGAGAAUCUGAAAGCAGAGGUGGUGCAGUGCCACUAGUUCCAGGAGUCCAGAAAAACAGGGAUAAGGCAUUCUGGGAGGUUAAGGUAGGUGGAUCACUUGAGCUCAAGAGCUGGAGACCAGCCUAGGAAACAUGAUGAAA